CAGGGCUCACACUAUGCGUUGACUAACGAUAGUUAUCAACAGUUACAACAUCCUUCCUGACUAAUUUUCCCGCUAAGAUUGAUGUUAAUCUGUGCAAAUUCAAUUCAACCAUGGAACUCCAAAGUUCCCACUUUCUCUAUCCUUCAUAACUGCAAGACUGUAAACGAUAUCAAACAAAUCCAUGCUCGUUUAAUUGCAACUGGGUUUAUCAAAUACCCUAAUUUUACCACAAAACUCAUUCUAAAAUUAUGUUCUUUUCCGCAAAAACCACUCAUUUACUUUGCUCGCUUUCUUUUACUCUCUGAACAUGCUUUAAUUCAAGAGGAACAAAUCCUUUUUGAUCCUUUUCUAUUUAAUGCAGUUAUAAAGUCAUUUUCUGUUAAUAAUGAACCAAAGCAAGCCCUUUUGAUAUUCAAUUUCAUGCUUGAUAAUGGUGUUUGUGUGGAUAAGUAUUCUUUUUCUUUAAUUCUUAAAGUUUGUUCUCGAUAUGGGUAUGUUAAAGAAGGGAUGCAGAUUCAUGGGUUAUUGAGGAAACUAGAAAUUGGUUCAGAAUUGUAUUUGCAAAAUUGUUUGAUUUCUUUAUAUGUGAAAUGUGGGUCUUUUGAGCUUGCACGCCAGGUGUUUGAUAGGAUGCCUGAUAGGGAUUUGGUUUCCUACAAUGCGAUGAUUGAUGGAUAUGUGAAGGCAGGGUUGAUUAGUGUUGCUAGGGAAUUGUUUGAUUGUAUGGAGGUUAAGAAUUUGAUAUCUUGGAACUCGAUGAUCGCUGGGUACAUGCAAUCUAGAGGUGAUCUCGAUAAAGCUUGGGAAUUGUUUAAGGAAAUGCCUAAGAGAGAUUUAGUUACUUGGAAUUUGAUGAUUGAUGGACUCGCAAAAUGCAACGAGAUGGAAUCUGCCCAUGAUUUGUUCGAGCGAAUGCCUGAACGUGAUGCAAUCACUUGGGCUACUAUGAUUGAUGGUUAUGCCAAAACUGGUUGUGUUGACAUUGCAAGGAAUUUGUUUGAUCAAGCUCCUGAAAAGGAUAUAGUGGUUUGCAAUACCAUGAUGGCUGGAUAUGUUCAAAACGGGAAUUUUGUUGAAGCACUAAAAUUCUUUUAUGAUAUAUUAAAUAUGGAUAAUUCGUUUCCUGAUAGAACUUCGCUUUUGAUCGUUCUUUCUGCCAUUGCCCAACUAGGACGUGUGGAUGAAGGCAUCGCUGUGCAUUCCUAUAUCAAGUCCAACGGCAUUGCAAUUGGUGGGAAACUUGAUGUGGCUCUUAUAGAUAUGUAUUCAAAAUGUGGCUGUAUUGAUAGUGCCAUUCAGGUAUUUGAAAGUGUGGAUUUAAAGGAUGUUGAUCAUUGGAAUGCCAUGAUAGGAGGAUUGGCUGUUCAUGGCUUGGGUGAACUAGCAUUUGACCUUUACACGGAAAUGCGUAAGCAAUCUAUAGAGCCGGAUGAUAUCACAUUCAUUGGGCUGCUAAGUGCUUGUGGUCAUUCCGGUUUAGUGAAGGAAGGGAAAAUAUGUUUCGAACUUAUGAGGAGAGUUCAUAAUCUGGAACCAAAACUGCAGCACUAUGGGUGCAUGGUUGACAUUCUUGGUCGAGCUGGACGCCUAAUAGAAGCAAAAGAAUUUAUAGCUGAGAUGCCUAUUGAGCCAAAUGACAUUGUUUGGAGGACUUUACUUAGUGCUUGUAUCUAUCACGGAAACCUGGAUCUAGGGCAGCAGGUUGCUGAGCGUCUUACAAGGCUCGAUUUGAGUAAUUCGGGUUCAUACGUGCUUCUCUCGAACAUGUAUGCUGGAUUUGGUAAAUGGGAUGAUGUUAGUAAAAUCAGAACAUUCAUGGCGAACAAAGCUCUAAAGAAACUUCCUGGUUGCAGUUCUAUUGAACUCAAUGGUUCAGUCCAUGAGUUCCUUGUUAGAGAUAAAUCCCAUCCUCAAACUAGCCAAGUCUAUUCUCUGUUGGAUAAGUUCAGUGCUUCAGGACAUUGCUUGAAUUUCGAAUCAGAAGUCACAGAGCAAGAACUGGUAAACCAGUAAAAUGUAUACAAAUUCAUCUUUUCGAUUGUUAAAUAUAUAUAUUUAUUUAUGUAUAUUUUACUCUAAUACGCCUGUAGUCUUGUAGAACUGAUGUAAAUAUGGGGAUGGUCGAUCCAAGAACCCGUUUAGUCCCUUCAAGAACGUUGUCAAGAUCACUCUUGACACACAAAGAACGAACAAACCUCCUGUUUUGUAUGAAAAUAGAAGGGUGACAAGAAC